GUGACUAUUUGGGAAGCGUUAACCAACAGCAAACCAGGUACGCUGCCAGUGUCCCAGGAAGGGCGCAGAGUCAACAGGACACCCCAGCACACGCCACCCCCGCGGCCUGCCACCCCGCAGCCGCCGCCCCCCGCAGCAGGCCGUGGGCCCGGCCACGGCCUGCCCACCUACGCCGAGCAGCUGCGCCUGGCCAUGGCGCUCUCCGCCAAAGAGCAAGAAGAGGCCGAACGCCGUUUGCGCCUGGAGCAGGAAGAGCUCGAACGGAUCCUGCGCCUCUCCCUCACCGAACAAUAGGAUCUCUCUCUCUCUCUCCUCCCCCCCCCUACUCCGAGGGUCUUGGGGGGGGGCCACGCACACACAGCCCCGGCCAGUCCCCUGAGGGGGGCGGGGGAGGGCACCAGCCAGCGCUUAACAAGACUGUGCCUUCCCCAGUUUGAGCUCAGCUCAUGCACAAAGCUGAGUAGCCCC